AUGACGUGUGACCCAGGUCGACCUUGUAAGAGAUGCAUUCAACGAGGGUUGGACCAAACUUGCGAAGAUGCUCCUCGAAAACGGAAAAAGUACCUAAAUGAUGUGCCGAACUCUAGCUUGGCUAUUAAAAGAACACAGAGUCUACCUCAGGAGUACCAACCGAGUCAUCAACUACAACAAACGUAUUCACUUAAUGCAACUUUGCAACAACCUCAUCCUCAAAACACAAAUAUGAGCCAGAAUAGUCACGCAUACCUCGAUAUUCAAAGUCGUUUACAACUGCGCCAGUCAAAUGAGCGAGAUCAACAAGCCCUUUUUCAAAAUCCAGCUGCCAUUGUAUCUCCACCACGGCCACAAUCUGAAGUGCAACAAUUGCCAGCAGCACUCCAACUGCCAAGUCAACAUCAAGUUCAAUCUACGUCACCACCAUUGAAACGGACAUCUUCGGCGUACCCAGAACAGUAUGACCUGUACCCUCAGCCGCAACGGCCAGUGCUUCUACCCCAACCAAAUAACUUUAAUCCUUCAAACCACACGACUUACCAAGCCACUUUAUUUCAACAUAAUGCUCCAGGACUGGGUGUACAAUCUUCUCAGGAUUAUUAUUAUCAAAAUGCAUUCAAUAACUCUGGUUACCAACCACAACCCGAGCAAGAACAAUCAGCGGCAACUGCUCAAAUAUCGCCACAGUAUGCUCCUCAACCUCCAAGCAGAGCUCCGACCAAUGCAAACUCACCAACAUCAUUCGUUCAGUACCAGAAAAAAUCCAAGUUUCUUUCCUCUGCUGCGGAUUUGGAGUAUGCUACACUUUCCAAUAUCUUGCAAGACAACUUCAGUGGUCACCAUACCACUUCCAAUGAAGCUACACCUAACUCACACAACAUUUCGCCGAAUUUAUCACCUCAAACCAUGUCCGGUGUAACAAGCAGCGUGCCUCCUGCAUCGUCAGUGGAAACACAAGCAGGAACUGGAUCAACAUAUACCAAUGGGCUUAAGCACAACCCUUUGGAUGCUCCCAUGGGGGCACCAACUUUCAGAAAUGCGAGCACUUUACUUAAGGAGUCAAAAUACCCCAAAUGUGAUGAUUCAAUCAAUCAGUAUUUUAUUGGGCAAAUAGAUUCAGAAAACACGUCGUUAUUCCCUGAUAUAAUUACCGCCAUUGAAGAGAUGAAAAACACCGAUUACGCAGUUUACCAAGAGCGCAACUCAAAACUGAACCUAUCAUUUUCGAUUGGAAUUUUACACGAUGAAAGCAAUCCAAACAGUGCCAACAAUGGUAAAGAUGAGGCGUUUUUCAAAGAACCAGAGGAAAUAUAUGCAAAAGUCAACAAGCCAUUUUCCUAUACCCCGGGGUAUCACUCGCUUAUUGCUUAUUUACGCAAACGGUUUUCCAAGCCCUUGUUGGUUGAGAUGGCAAAAUCUAUGGCCAACUAUCGACCUUCGUUCAUUGCGUGUACGAACUCAUUGAAGGAGCAUGAUUUGGUAUUUAUGGAGCAAUGCUUUCAAAGAACGCUACUUACAUACCACAAUUUCAUUAAAGUUAGCGGUACUCCAACCAUUGUUUGGAGAAGAACGGGUGAGAUAGCUUAUGUCGGAGAUGAGUUUUGUGUCUUGACCGGAUGGAGCAAAGAUCAACUUAUGGGUAAGGGGCAGCGCAAGUUCAUUGUCGAAUUACUAGAUGACAAGUCCGUGGUUGAGUAUUUUCAAGUGUUUUCGAGAAUUGCCUUUGGCGAUUUUUUGGGUGCAACAAUGACAGAAUGUACUUUGUUGACGCCAAAGCCCGAUGUCAAGAUUAGAACCGGCUGCGUUUGGACACUAAAAAGAGAUGUUUUCGGAAUUCCCAUGAUGAUUGUGGGGAACUUCUUACCUAUUACUUAG